GGAGUGGGAGUGGGUGGAGCGUGUAAACAGCUCUAUAAAGAGAGGCACUCUGAAGACUCUAUUUCCCAUUUCUCUACAAACCCUCUGAAAAAAAUGUUUGGAAUGCGACGAGUCAUCAAUAACUGGCAUUGGACCAUGGCACACAUCCUCCAUCUAUCCCUGCUGCUCAAUUGUGCAGGUCUCCAGUUCUUCAGUGAACGCAAGAGCUGGAUUAAAGCCCUGGAGCACUGCCAAAACAACAAUUCCUCUCUGGUUGAAAUCCAUAAUCGGUCUGUGUGUAUGGAAGUGGACCAUCUCCUGAAAGAUAAAACCCUCGAGAGUAAGAAUGGAGUUUGGAUUGGUCUGGAGCGGUCCAUCUUCGGCUGCAUUAUCACCUGGUAUUGGACUACAGGACAAAAAGUUGGGGGAAAAACUCAGUGGAACGAGUCCCAUCCUGUGGACUGCUUUAACAACCACUGUGGAAAGAUCAUCUGGGUACAAAAUGAAUCUAAGUGGCUGGACGCUAACUGCCAUUUGAAACUGCCCUUCAUCUGCCAAAAUUAAACGACGACCACUGAUGAGAUUUGCACUUAUGAUCCUACAUAAAGACUGUACGGUGAUCUGGAAACUACAGGGGCAAUCCAACUAACCUUUUUAAAAUGUGUUCAUUGAAUACAAAGCUUAAUCAUUUCACAUUGUCCUUUACUUGAACUUCUUUUAUCUUGACUUGUUUCAUUGCUUUUGCUCUAAAAAAAAAAAAAAAACACAUUUAUAUUUGGGUGUUGUAAACAACAUGAUAUGGGAACAUGUUUACUUUUGCUUCAAUAAUACUAAGCUUCAAAAGAUCCACACACAGACAUGUGUAAAAACAGUACGAUUUAAACUAUAAACCUUUUAAAAAAAUAAAGUUUGUCGUUCAUUCCUUAAA